AUGCUUUCACUAAACACAUUCCAGAGGCUUGGAGUCAUCCUUGCCCUGAUAAUCGACUGUAGCUGCGAGUGCCCUAAAGCGAAGUUCACUAACGCUACAACCGAUUUCGGCUUCAAGCUCCUAAGGUCAAGCUUCGCCAACACCAACGAAAAUAUGAACGUAGUUUUAUCACCCACUGGCGUAUCCACGCUCCUUGCCAUAGUCUACUCUGGAGCAGGGGGAAAGACCGCAGAAGAACUUUCGACACUGCUAAAUUACACAGAUUCUGAACUGAACCGGAUUGAGGCUGUUUUGGCGUGUCAAAGGAACAUUCUAGACGAUCCACAAAAUAACAGCACAGCGUUCGAUGUAGCCGACGUGAUUCUGGUACGAAGCAACGUGACUAUCCUGCAGAACUACCGAAAGACUGUCCUUACGGAUUUUGCGACGGAGAUCGUUGGCGUCAACUUUGAAAAAGCGGGAGCGAAGGUGGUGUCUGACACCAAUGACCUUGUGGCAGAGAGAACCAGCGGAAAGAUAACAAACAUCAUUGGAGGCGAGUUGGGCGCAGAUGACCAGAUGGUCCUCCUUAACGCGGCGUACUUCAACGGUUCUCUGAAGAUGCCGUCCACCACGAGUUACUCUGCACAGCUUCCGUUCUACACCGAGGGCAUUCACUUGACGUCAGCGGAAACCAUAGUGUGUACGGGCCCGAUGCUUUAUACUUCAGAAACUGGCCUGAAUUCGCAAGUUGUAGAACUGCCCCACACCGAUGGCAGGCACAGCUUGGGCAUCGUGUUGCCACACACCAAGAGAGGACUGUCCAACUUGACACACGCCAUGGACGCUAGAAGCUUCGCAGAAAUGCGCAAGAACUUGAAGCCGGUGACAGUGAGCCUCACACUACCGAGGUUCAACUUUACUACUACUUGGGAUCUCGCAGGACCCCUGAUCAGACUCGGAGCGGCUUCGUUGUUCAGUGACGCCGAUUUGACGGGAAUUACCAGUGACAAGGGGCUGCGGGUGACGGAGAUGAGGCACAAGGCAAGGAUUGAGGUGACAGAAGAAAGAGCAGUAUCCCCUGGCGGAGGCGCCAUUGCCGCCCCCAAGGCGGUUCCGGUCUUUUUCCACGCCAGACACCCCUUUCUCUUUUAUGUGCUAGAUCAUAGAACCCAACGCACGAUUUUAGUGGGACUUGUGCAACAACUCUAA